AUGGCUAUUGCAAACCGUGCCAUCAUCGCGAACCCUCGUCCGAACCGUCUGGAAGUGCUGAACUCUACAGAGCUUGCAAAGGCUCAGAAGCCACCUCCACCACUGGACUAUCGAAACGUCACUGCAUCGUCACUCAAGGCUAGAGAUUCGGGGAAUGGAACGGCGAAAGACCUUCGUUAUUCUGUUCCUGAUGAACUUAUCAAGGCUGCGCGUCUUCUUUCAGAGAACUGGAAGCCAUCCUCCAAGGACCUUAACGGUGGCUACGCUGCUGACGUGCAACACUUGAAGGAUAACUUCAUGUACAAGGUCAACGAUACCAACAUGAUGCCUCCCAUGCUUCAGUACGAUUCAGGCUUGAUCAGGCAUGUCGAAGAGCCACCGUCCGCCUUCCGCUACAGUGCCAACGAAUCCGAUAGCGCUGAGCCUGCUGUGGACAAGGACAAGAGUCUUCGGAAGAGAGCUAGCACAGACUGGUGGAUGGCGACCAUCUCUCAAAGAGGCUCUAGCCCGUUUGCCCCGUCUGGAUACCAAGUCUGGCGAGAUGUCAAAGACUUUGGCGCCAAAGGUGACGGUGUUACUGAUGAUACGGAUGCCAUCAACAAGGCCAUCUCAAGCGGUGGUCGAUGUGGUGGAGGCAAAUGUACGGGCAGCACCAUCUACCCAGCAACCGUCUACUUCCCCCCAGGCACAUACAAAGUCAGCUCGUCCAUCAUUCAGUAUUACAAUACCGAGAUGAUUGGCAAUCCGCAUGACCUUCCGACCAUUCUUGCAGCACCGAGCUUCGUCGGUCUCGGUGUGAUUACUUCCAAUGUCUAUACAGGAGAGACGUCCCAAUGGUAUCUGAACCAGAACAACUUUCUGCGUAGUGUCCGAAACUUCAUCAUCGACGUUCGCCCAACUCCUGAUAAGGCACAAGUCUGUGGGAUUCACUGGCAGGUUGCCCAAGGCACUUCCCUCGAAAAUAUCCACUUCUACAUGACGAAGCCAAAGGAUGAUCCUUCAACAACCCAGCAGGGAAUCUACAUGGAGAACGGAAGUGGUGGCUUUCUUUCCGAUCUUUACUUUGUUGGAGGAAAAUUUGGAGCGUACAUGGGCAACCAGCAGUUCACAGCUAGUGGUCUUUACUUCGAAGAAGCCGAGACGGCUAUCCAGAUCCACUGGGAUUGGGGCUGGACCAUGCAGAACAUUGUCGUUGACAACUGCAAGGUUGGUUUUACCAUCGUGGGCGGCGCAGGAGGUCCUAUGGGUACUGGCCAGGGAAUCGGCUCACUCCACAUGACCGACCUGCGAAUGCACUACGUCGAGGUCGCCGUGUCAACCUCGAUCGUGUCCGACAACUCGACCGCUCUGUUGCUGAGCAACUCUGGUUUCUAUUAUGUGGACACCAUCGUUGAAGAUAGCUUCAAGAAGCAGGUUCUUCUACGCGGUGGUCCCAAAACCAUCAACGUUGAUACAUGGGGUUUUGGAAGAGUCACCAGCGCCAAUGGUACUACCGCUUUCCACAACGGUGCCAACCUUGACAGCCCCGUGAGAGACCCCUCUCUCGUUACCGGUGCGCGCAGUCAAUUCUUCACUAGGCGUCGUCCUAAGUAUGAUGAUUUGGGUUUCAGUCAGAUCCUCGAUGCCAAGGCCUACGGUGCCAAGGGUGAUGGCAAGACGGAUGACACUGCAGUUCUGAAGCAUUUAUUUUCCGCAGCCGCAAACAUGUCUGCCGUUGUAUACAUUCCCUUUGGUGUGUACAUCAUCACAGACACGGUUGAGAUCCCGGUUGGUUCUCGUGUCAUCGGCCAGGCUUGGCCUCAGAUCAUGGCGACUGGGUCCAGAUUUUCUGAUGCUCUGCAUCCCCGCGUCGCAGUCCGUGUCGGUCUUCCCGGCCAAGUUGGUGCUGUGGAGAUUCAGAACAUGAUGAUGACGGUCAAGGGAGCUGCAGCCGGUGCCAUCAUGAUGGAAUGGAAUGUGCAUGAAUCCGGUCAAGGCUCUGUAGGCCUAUGGGAUACCCAUUUCAGAGUUGGCGGCGCAGCAGGUACUGAUCUCACUGUUAAAGACUGCCCGAAGCUCUCUGGCAAAGUGAACAAGAACUGUGUCGCCGCAUCUCUCAUGCUUCACCUGACCCCUGAUUCCUCUGGGUACUUCGAAAACGUCUGGAUGUGGACAGCAGAUCAUGAUUUCGAUACAGCCGACCAAACCCAGAUUGACAUCUACGUGGGAAGAGGUAUGCUUGUCGAGAGCAAGGGCCCUACAUGGCUUUGGGGCACUUCUGUAGAGCACUGCGUACUGUAUCAGUACCAGCUCUCAGGCGCUCAGAACGUCGUUAUGGGUCUCAUUCAGACCGAGGCACCCUACUUUCAGUCCUUUCCCGAAGCCCCAGCUCCUUUCACGCCAGGCGCAUUCCCCAACGAUCCCGGGUUCCACGACUGCUCUUCCAAGAACGCCAAGUCUUGCGCUGUCGCUUGGGCAUUGCGCAUCAUAGAUUCGUCAGCAGUCCAUGUUCUCAGCGCUGGCCUUUACUCCUUCUCCUCUCGUUAUGAUCAGACAUGCCUCAACUCGGGUCGACAUGACUGCCAGGACAAGAUCUUCUACGCAGAGCAGAGCUACGAUGUCUGGGUCCAGGAUCUCGUCACGCUCGGCAGUGUAGAGAUGGUCAGUCCUUUGAAUGGAGUUCCGACGUUGGGCAAGCCAAACAGAAACGGCUUUGCUUCUUCGAUCCUCGCCUGGCUUGGAGGUUCCAAGAAUGUCACCGGCCAGCGAACCUUUGCAGGCUACAAGAUCCAUUCGGAGGAUACAAUUGGUAUCGAUGACUUCUCCGAGGCCUGCCAGAACGCGCUCACAGCUCUUGUACGAUGCGACAACGCGACAAGCGAAUGGACAAGGGCUUCAUAUCAUGGAAUUCUCCCUAUGGAUGUCGACGUCGACUCCGUCUGCGACGCGGGCUGCGCGCAAGCCAUUUCGGAUUGGCGGUCAGCCGUCGAUACCUACUGCGGUGAUUCCAAGUGGGCAAAUGGCGCCGCCGCCGGUAUCAUGGGCUCUUUUAUCUCAUAUGGUAUCAACGAGACAUGUCAAACUGACCAGAAAACUGGAAAGAACUGCAACGACGUCAUCCUCAACUUUAGCGAUGCUGAUACUCUUGACAAGAUGCCAAACAGCGAACUCUGUUCUGACUGUUACAGCGGCCGGCUGAAGAUGAUGCAGGCGAGUCCUUACUCGUACUACAAGAAGGAGCCUUUCUACCAAGACGCUCUCAAGGCAGCCGUCUCACGAUGCUCUCUGUCAAAUCAGCCAACUACUACCAAAGACUCUCCUUUCCCUUCCGAGUCGGCUGAGCCCGCCUUCUGUCUUUCCAACGUCAAGCACACCAUCCAACCCGGCGAUACUUGCGACUCGUUGGCCGUCAAGUACAGCGUCUCUUCAGCAGCCAUCUUCAUGGGCAACCCUGAUAUUCUCGAUUGCAACGACAUGGUCCAAGGCGUGUCAAUUUGUCUACCGCUCCAGUGUAGCACAUACAAACUCCAACCAGGCGACAGCUGCAUGUCUGUCUCGGUCGCUACCGGCCUUCAGCCAGCCGACAUCCGCUUUCUGAACCCCUGGAUACAUGAGCUUUGCGGCAAUAUCCAGUCUGCCCAAGAGACCCUCGGUAGCGUCAUUUGCACAACCACGCCUGGGGGCAAGUACGAGCACGACGUCAACACCACAAGUUCAGACCCAGCAUACUCUGAGUAUGCUGACAAGGCUGUUCCGCCUCCCAAGGGUGCCAGUCUGGCUGAAGAGACGACUGAGGACUGUGGACGUUGGUAUACGGUUCAAAAGGGAGAUGACUGUGCUCUAGUUCUGGUCCAGCACCACAUCAGCCUUCCUCUCUUCACCGCUGCCAAUCCAUCUGUUUCGCGAGACAACUGCACCACAGAUCUUAUCCCAGGACGGACCUACUGUGUCGGACCAACCAAGCAGGCUUUCGCAGAUCAAAGGGAAAUUCCUCCGCACUGGCGCUUCGGGUGCUAUGCCCGUCAGGCAGACACUACCAACCUCACUGUUUUGACGCUAGACGAAGUGAGUCAUGUCGAGCCCAUGUCCAUCAUAGCCUGCCAAUCCUACUGUCUCUCUCAGUCGCUGUACGCCUUCGGACUGCAGAACGGCGACUCGUGCCUAUGCGACUCUCGCCUGCGCAUGGAUAGUCAGCGCAUAGACGAUUCAAACUGCAACAUUCACUGCAACGGCAACACGACGAAUGUUUGUGGUGGCAAAGAUGCUAUUGAAGUCUUUGGCAGUGAAGAACUGCUACGUGUCGAGCACGCCAGUCUCGGUUGCUUCAUCAAAGAUGGCAACAAGGAAAUAAUACGUGGCAUUACAGGUGGCGAUAAUAUCAGUUCGAAGGCCGACUUCUUUUCUCUUAGUGAAGGCUCAAUCUGCACUUGUGGCAAGGAGAUGGCUCCAGGGGCUACCAAGACUAGUAUGGAGGAAUGCAAUGUAGAAUGCAAUGGUCAGAUUGGUGAUGACUGCGGUGGAAAAGGAAGAGCUGAGGUUUACACAACCAGGUCUAAAUAUGUAAUAUCUAAUUAG